AUGGCGGGCCGCUUGAAAGAGGCCGAGGCCGGCGGGGAGGUGCUGCGCUACGUGGGGGUGGUCGACCUCGCGGGCAAGAAGGGCUCGGUGGAGCUGCGGCGCUACCCCGCCAGCCACCCCUUUGCCCAGCUGCAGGGCAGCGACAACAUCAUCGCCUUCACCACGCAGCGCUACGAGCGGCAGCCGCUGAUCGUGCGGGGGCCGGGCGCGGGCGCCGACGUCACCGCGGGCGGCAUCUUCUCCGACCUGCUCAGGCUCGCCGCGUACCUGGGGGCGCCGAGCUAG